CAGAGCCAGUCCUCCGAUUCCCAAACUCUUCUCCCAGUCUGAUGACCUGUCGUGGUGUUGCCACAUUCCCGUGUCUCUGUUCCUUUAUUCCAGAUCUCCAGACGUCCACAAGGGAACAGGGUGAAGGAUCACUGACUGGAGAAUCCACCCAGGAACCGUCUUCUGUUCCAGCGGGAGACACGUCCUCAGAUCUCCAGACGUCCACAACGGAACAGGGUGAAGGAUCACUGACUGGAGAAUCCACGCAGGAACCGUCUUCUGUUCCAGUGGGAGACACGUCCUCAGAUCUCCAGACGUCCACAAGGGAACAGGGUGAAGGAUCACUGACUGGAGAAUCCACCCAGGAACCGUCUUCUGUUCCAGCGGGAGACACGGCCUCAGAUCUCCAGACGUCCACAAGGAGACAGGGUGAAGGAUCACUGACUGGAGAAUCCACCCAGGAACCGUCUUCUGUUCCAGCGGGAGACACGUCCUCAGAUGUCCAGACGUCCACAAGGGAACAGGGUGAAGGAUCACUGACUGGAGAAUCCACCCAGGAACCGUUUUCUGUUCCAGCGGGAGACACGGCCUCAGAUCUCCAGACGUCCACAAGGGAACAGGGUGAAGGAUCACUGACUGGAGAAUCCACCCAGGAACCGUCUUCUGUUCCAGCGGGAGACACGCCCUCAGAUCUCCAGACGUCCACAAGGGAACAGAGUGAAGGAUCACUGACUGGAGAAUCCACCCAGGAACCGUCUCCUGUUCCAGCGGGAGACAGGGCCUCAGAUGACGACUACCAGAUGAUUGAGAUAAAGGUGACAUCGGACGGAAAGAUGACUGUGGAAGAAGUGAAAGAAGCCCUCCGUGCGAAGCUGCGGGAGAUGUUCGAUGACCCGGACCCCCAGAUCGAGCUGGUGGAGGAGGAGGAGGAUUCUCAGGAUGACUGACGGGGACCGAGUUGU